UAUCAUCGUAGGUAGGUAAUCGAUUCGAAAAAUCUACAAGCAGCGUGAUUAAAAAAAAAAUAGUUUCAAGCUGCGAAUGAAGCUUUCACACGUCGAUAAUUAUCUCAUUAUGUAUCACUUUCACUGGUUUUAAUUUUUCACGACUCAUCGAAAAAUACUUUUAUUUCUUUUGAAUUUGACGGGGUACAGAGCAAAAAAGAGAAUACCGAGGUGAAAAAUUGCAGCACGAAAAUGCAAAAUGACAAACUGAGAAACACUGCAGAUAAGCAACGACGACGUCUUUAUUACAACCGGUUCCACAAACAGAUAAUAUCAAGAUCCGACUACCCAUCCGUUAAACGCAAAUAAAACCUAUUAAAAUUGAUCCGGAUAAACAACAAAUGGAGAAUAACUGUACACGAAUAUAGUAUCGCUGUUAAGCUGAUUGGAAGUGCGUACCAGACCAUUCGGAAGUAUCAUUUUUGUAAAUAUGGACGCGUUUAAAAUUUUGUGCGCACUUAGCGUUGUGUUUUGCGCGGCUAUUAUCGAAGCGGCACCGAUUAAAAGAUACGAUCAAAGGCAAGAUGGAGAUCUCAAUAUUCAAGCUCACCUGGAUAAAAUAGUUUUAUUAAUUAUUCCUAGUAAAAAUAUCAAUAUUUUGGACAUCAAAGGACAAGGACAGUUCGAUAACUACGAAGAUAUUUUACCAUUGUUCGGCGGCAAAGCGGAAUCGUCGUUGAACGAAUUCAAGUUCAAAUCGGCUGCGGAUUUAGAUAAAGAGAAAAAAACAGCCAUCACUGAAAUCAAAGACGAGAAAAAAGAUAUUUUCGACAGCACCAAACAGCAGAAACCAGUCAUUCCCGAUAAACCCGAACCGAAGGAAACCAAAGUCGAGCCGAAAAAGCCCUCGUCGUCGGUGGAAAUUGCGCCGAAAAAAGUCGAAAAUGAUACCAGAUCUGGACCAGAAUCGCAAAAACGUUUAACUCCUAAAUCCGAUUCGGGUAGAACUUAUCAAACCGUGCAUUCGGCCAAUAAUAGAGAAAGAGUUAUUGCAAUUUCAAAUCAAGACGAAGUUAAGAAAGAAGAAGUGCCCCAUAAUGCUACGAAAAUCGAAAAAUUGUAAAAAAAUGUUCAACAUGUGAGUAGAUUAACUAUUUAGCGUUUUAUAUUCGAAUUUUUUUUAAAUCAAUUUUUGCCAUAGUUUAGUCACGUACAAUUUUUUUUUAAUUUAAAAAAUAUCCCUUAGACCGUAAGUAUUUAUUUUUUUUGAUCAAAUAUAAUUUUUUACAUUUUUUCGUAA